UUAUUACACGGUCUGGAACAAUCACUAAAAACACCCCGCCAACAGCCUAACGCACGACACCUAACCCAGCGCGUUUCCCCUCCCCCGCACGACCUGAAUAAAUACCUCUACCCGACCUUAUCAGCCUUACAACGUCACAACCAUCCCACGAUCCGAACACAGCUACAAGUCGCCGACGGACCGAUAACAACAAUAAAAUGGGUGUCGGUCGCGUAGUCUGUGUGGCCCUGCCAUUCCUGCUCACAGUAGCAUCGCUUAUAGCCCUCCUAGUAGGAGGCCUAGCAGGCGUCGCCGACAAGUCACUCUACAUGUUCGACGUCAACCUUUCCAACUUCUCCAUCUCGCUCGCCGACGCCAGCAAUCUUCUCAACCUAAACGAGUCCGCCAUCCGCGAUGCCGGCGUCCAGCAGAUUUUCGGCAGGGACGCUGUCAGCAAGCGCGAUGACGGAGGCAUCACCAACCUGACCGCGCCCCUCCUCGGCUUCUACGACGUCUACCAGAUCUCCCUCUGGGGCUACUGCUACACGGCCCACAACGGCACGCACGAGUGCACCAAGGCCAAGUUCAACUGGGCCCAGGACGCGCUGAACGGCACCCAGCAUGACAUCAACUCUCUGCUUACCCUCACGGGCCAGAACAUCACCUUGCCGAAGGAGGUCGACGACGCGUUCAAGACAUAUGUCAAGGCGAGCAAGUGGGCCCAGAUCGUCUUCCUCAUCGCCCUCGUCUCGCUAGUCGGCGAAAUCGUUUUCGGCAUCUUCGCCAACUGCUCGCGCGUCGUUUCUUGUCUUACCUGGUUGAUCGCCGGCAUUGCCGCUGUUGCCGUCUGCGGCUUCGCCGCCCUGGCGACUGGUAUCUCCGUCAUCGUCGUCGGUGCCGUCGAGACUGUUGCCGGCAAGUACAGCGCCGAAGGCGAGUUCAACAAGCGGUUCAUGGUGACGAUUUGGGUCGCUGCUGCUUUCGCUUUGGCGUCCGCCUUCUUCUGGAUGUUCACUAUCUGCUGCUGCGCGCCAAAGACUGGUGGGUCGAGCAGGAGCAGCAGGAGGUCUGUUGGCAUGGAGAACGAGAAGCUUAUUGGCAGCCCGUAUCAGCCGGUUGGUGGGUUCCAUGGUGCCAAUGGCAAUGGUAAGCCGAGCCAGGGCUUUGGUGGUGGGUAUCCUAGCCAGCAGCAGCAGUAUGCUAAACGCGAUACCUCUAUGGCUUAUGAGCCUUAUUCCCACCAGAGGGUUUAAGGGGGUGAGGAUGAAGGGUGGAGGGGUGAUGGAAGGGCAUCUCGGGUGCUGUUAUGACUCUCUUAGCGAGCCAAGUUAUUUGCUCGCUUUACGACUUCGGGAUAUCUUUUAUGGGUGCAUUUCAGGGCGUUUACUCGGGAAAA